GGCCUGCAGCUCCUGCGUUUACUCGGAGUUUCGACCUCGCGGCUGCGUGGUGCGUGCGACCGCGGGACUCCAGCAAUGGGUCUGCUCUCAGAACUGAAGCUGGCUGUGCCCUGGGGUCACAUCGCUGCCAAAGCCUGGGGCUCCCAGCAGGGCUCCCCAGUUCUUUGCCUGCACGGCUGGCUGGACAAUGCCAACUCCUUUGACAGACUCAUCCCUCUUCUUCCAAAAGACUUCCAUUAUGUUGCCAUGGAUUUCGGGGGACAUGGGCUCUCGUCCCAUUACUACCUUGGUGUCCCGUAUUGCCAGGAAAACUUUGUGAAUGAGAUCGGGAGAGUUGUAGCAGCCUUGAAGUGGAAGCGUUUUUCCCUCCUGAGUCAUAGUUUUGGUGGCAUUAUCGGCGGAAUGUUUUCCUGUAUCUUCCCCGAGAUGGUGGAUAAACUGAUCUUGCUGGACACAUUGCCAUUUACCAUGGACCCUAAAGGAAUGGAGAACAUGCUGACUUACAGGCGGGGAGCCAUAGAGCACAUGCUGCAGGCAGAGGCCUUCCAGAAGCCCCGGCAAGUGGUCAAGCCAGAGGAGAUGCUGCAGAGAUUCCUGAAGAACAACAAUCACUUGAAUGAGGAGUGUGGGCGACUCCUCCUGCAGAGAGGAACCACGCAGGUGGCCACAGGUCUAAUGAUGAACAGAGACCGGAGGGUUGGUUUGUUGGAAUACAGCAUCCCCUUCCUGACCAGGGAGCUGCUGGUGCACUCCAUCAAGCAGCUGCAGGCCCAGGUCCUGCUUAUCAAGAUGGCUAGACAAAGUCUGGGAACAAGUGUUGGCGAGGAUGCAGAGGCCCCAGAACCCUCGUCGUGGGACUGCAAAGUGGCACAGCCACUUGGAAAACAGCCUGGCAGCUUCUCCAGCCGUUACCGUUAGACCCAGCAGUCAUGCCCAGCACAAGUCCACACCACGUGAACGUGACCGCGCAGAGUGGCACUGCUCACAGCAGCUCAAAGGUGGAGACCCUCCAAACACCUGUCAGCAGACAAGCAGAAUGUGGCGCAUCCACACAGUGGGCUACGUUUUAGCCAGAAGAGGAGCAAACUUCUAUGUGCUUUGUGCAUGAAGCUUGAGAACAUUAGAGAAGGCCAGUCACAAAUCCACGUAUUCUACAAUUCGAUUCACAUCCAAGUGCAAGGGGCCAAGUCUAGACAUUCACUCAGUGGUUGCAUUAAGAUGGGGAACUACAGGAGAACUACAGGUUUGGUUUGGGGUGUUUUGCUUUCGUGAGGAUGACAAUGUCCUGGGAUUGACUGUAGCUGUUUGCAGGACUGUAUGUAAAAAACACAGAGUGGUACAUGUUAAAGGGGUGAAACAAUCUCAGUAAAGGUGUGAAGAGACAAA